GGUUCAUGGGCAAACAGAAUUAACAGCGAAAGAGCUAAAUCGCACUAGCUACAUAGCACGUCAGCCGACGGCGAAGGGACUUUGUCAAGCCUUUGCCCCAGGUUUCGUGUGUGCCUCCGUAGUAGCGAGCCACAGCAAAACUAUCCACAUCUUAUGUCAGGCACAUCAGCUGCUCCUGGCCAGCUGUCGGGGAGCUCAGCGGAGGAUGUUGAUGACGCCGACAACCCGGAGUCUGCGCCGGCCGUGGUCAACGCCAUCCUUGCGCCGGCGUGGUUUAUCGGCUGCGGUGUGGCCAGCGUUAUCUGCAGCCUGCUGCUCCGGCACAAGGCGGACGAGGACGGCGGCGGCGGCGACGGCGCCUGGCCGCUACUGGGGCUGGGUGUGGCGGCGCUGUGCAUUGGGCUGCUGCUGUCGGUGCGGGCCGUGGUGAAGCUGCGGUCACAGCGCCGAUACGAGCAGCAGCAAGCCGCGGCGGCCGCGGCGGCGGCGGCAGCCGGGCAGCAGCAGCACCCGCGGGCACGCAGCCGGCGCCGUGCGCCGAAGAUGCUGUGCUACAGCCUCGAGCCGUUGGCUGCCGGCGGCGGCUGUAGCGGCUGCGGCGGCGACGGCAGCUGCGGCGGCGGUGUCUGGGGUCAGGGGAAGGAGACUCCGCUCAGUACCUGCAGUUGUAGCAGUAGCUGCGGCGACAAGUGCGCCUGUGCUGGCGCCUGUGCCGGCGCCUGUGCUGGCGCCUGUGCUGGCGCCUGUGCUGGCGCCUGUGCUGGCGCCUGUGCUGGCGCCUGUGCUGGCGCCUGUGCGGGCUCCGCGGCCUCCUACUCAGCCUCCUCCGCGGCCUCCUGCUGCGGCUGCUGCUGCGACCCCGGCGCCGCGGCGAGCGCCUCCUGGCGCCGGUCCGGCGCGGCGGCGCCGGAAACCCCGCGGCCGGAAGGGACACCUGUUCUGCAUCCACUCAUGCAAGCAGCGGAUGUGGAAGCUCCAGCAACGGCAACGGCUGCGCCGUCACGGCUGCUCAGAUGCAAAUGCGCGUGUGCGGGAGCGACCUCGGCUUCUACCGCGGGUACUCCUCGCGUGCCUUCCACCCUGGACAUUGAAACUCCCACGCCGUUAGUGACAGUGGAAGGGGAGGCGAAGCAGGCGGCGGCGUAUGGAGUGGGCGCCGCAGGCGGCGGCUGUCGCAGCGGUGUCAGUGAUAUCAGCAGCAGGAGCCGCAACGGCGGCGGAGGCAACAGUCGCAGCAGCUGUAGUAGCAGUUGCUGCUGCUGCGCCUCGGGGCCUGCGCUGCCGCAGCUGCUACUGCCGGCGUGGAACGCUGCCGGCUGGCCGCUGCCGCCGGACGUGAUUGCGCUGGGCGUGCUACUGCCGGCGCCACAGCCGGUGCUGCCCGGUGAGGAGGAGGCGGCGGCGAUCGGGCGCGAGUCGGCGGCGGUUGCGGCGGCGGCUGUCUCAGCACCUGCCUGGGGCUCAGGCCGCGGCGAUGAUGUGGGUGACGUGGAGCAGGGCGGCGGCGCCGCGACGGCGGUGGCGGCAGCGGCGGUGGGAGACGCAGGCACCGCGGGCGGCGGCAGCGGUGGGGGAUCGGCGGCGCAGCAGGCACCGCCGGCGGCUCAGGCAGAGGCGCGGGAGACCUGGGCCACGACCGCGGCGCUGCGGUGGCGCCAGUGGUUUGCAGGACCCUACAACGCCCAACCGCUGCCGCCACAGCCGGCACAGCUGCGCAUGCUGCCAGUGGCCCCGCCGCCGCCGCCGCUGCCGCACACCAUUGCAAGCGCAGCAGCCCGGGAGACCCCCCCAGGCCAGCCAGCCUCCAGCAAUGCCGCUGGGGAUGUAGCAGCAGCUGCCCCACACCCGGCCGCCCAUCCUGCCCGCCGCCGCGGCAGUAGCUGCAUGGUGGUGGUGCUACAGCCGAUGCCGCAGCUGCUGGGGCUGCAGCUGGUGCGGGAGCCGACGCCGCCGCCGGAGCUGCUACUGCCGUUGCUGCGGCCUGCUGAGAGCGGUGGUGGCAGUAGCAGCGAGGUGGCGGGGGCGGGGGCUGGGCCGGACGCGGGGGUUGCAAGCUCGCGGGUUGUGGUGGUGGUGACCGCUGUUGCUGAUCAGGCUUCUGCGAAUGGGGCCGGCAACGCUAGCCACAGGGGCUGAGGCGUGGUUUUGUCCAGAUUAUGCUCCGUGGCAGCCGUUCACGUUUUGGGAAUCCCGCGGUUCAGACGGCGUAUGAUUUUAUGAGUUGCAUGUGAGUUGACAGCUUUAUGUGUAGCCGCCACAAGAUAGACGCUUGUUUAGCUUACUGAAAUGCCAACUUGUACAGGCACGCACCAUGCAAGCGCAGGUUAGCACGCUUCUGCACAAGCCCUGAAUUUAUAUAUGACGCUGAUGCCGUGUGUGUGCGUGUGCAUGUAUAUAUGUGCCUGUGUGUGUGUGUGUGUGUGUGUGUGUGUGUGUGUGUGUGUGUGUGUGUGUGUGUGUGUGUGUGUGUGUGUGUGUGUGUGUGUGUGUGUGUGUGUGUGUGUGUGUGUCACCGAACAGAGGUUGUCCGAGUGGCUCGGGUGUUGUUGAGUCACAUGCGGUGCGGAUUAGUCGUUGAGAAGACCUCAUGCUGAAUGGGCAAGCUGGCAUCUGAGCAUGAUCGGCAACGUGCGCGUGCACAUACGCACAUACACACGCAUGCACACACGCAUGCCCCAUCGUCCCUGUUCGACAGGCAUGCCGCCGCCCGCCGCGUCCUACCGGCACACCUGCAGCGCCGCAAGCCUGUCUGUAUUGUGACUAGCGACCGACGGGCAGCUGUUAAUUUGUUGGCUGGUUCCCCUCCUGAGCCUGUCGUUACCACCGUAGUAAGAACUUCGAUUUAGCAUGGAUGUGCAACAACGUGAGUUCGCCUGCUGGGCAUUUCUUUUGCUCUCAUGGGGACAACAUGCGGCAGCUACAACGCCGCGGCGGCAACCCCGCGCCCUGUCGUGUGGGGGCUGGGCCAACCAAGUGCGUGCCCCUCAAUUUGGGCUGUUGUUGUUGGUGGUGGUGGCGACAGAUGCAAGCAAGCAGUGGCAAUAUGCCGGGUCCUUUGGGUGUUCAUUUGGGGUUUGGCGCACCCUGCAACUGGGUCCGCGCGCGUGUGUGUGUGUGCGUGCGUGUGUGUGCGUGUGUGUGUGUGUGUGUGUGUGUGUGUGUGUGUGUGUGUGUGUGUGUGUGUGCUGCUGUAUGAGUGCAUGGGGUCUUGUGCCCGUGGGUCGGCGGCCUCAACACAUUAACAAUCGUGCGUACGUGCCUUCGGAGUGAGCAUGCGCGUGCUUCGUCGCGCACACAGGGCUGGCUGCAGUUGCCGUGGCUGUUAUGGAGCGGCUGACAUGGAGUGUGGGUGUUGUUGAUUGUGUGCUUUUUGUGCUUCUUUUUUUGCGUGAGCGGCGGCUGGCAUAGCCUUACCGUAGUCCUUAUUGCUCUCUUCAGCCUUGCUAUCAGCGGUUGUUAGUGCUGCGCAAGGGACCUAUGCAACAAGAACAAAACCCAGAAGAAUCUUGAUGCGGAGCUGCCAAUAAGUGACAGGGAUGGGGCUGGUAGUAAGAGACAGAGACGGGGGGGGGCGGAAGAGCUGGGGAGUUGCUAGGAGUCCUCUGGUAUUUGAGGCGGCUGGUGUUCUCUCCGGGCUGCAUGCGCUCCUGGGUUCACAUGAGGGACAUGAGGGUCAAGGCCAUCUUGGGGCACAUUGUCUUGUGGGAGUCUUGACGGAUCCCAGGGGUCUGCCCGCUGCGGCACGAAACACAGCAGGGAGUGUGUUGCGGCUGGCGUUGGUACCGGUAUUUUCGUGUGCAUGAGUUCAGCGCAGCAUGAGGGGGUUGUCUGGUGGCACGGGCCUGGGCGGCAGCGUACGGUAGCUGCAGGUUGCGGCUGGGGCAGGCGGGGUGGGUCUGAGAUGGGGCAGCCGAGGGCUCUUUCGGGUUGCGGCAGCAGUAGCCCGCUUUCUGUCCGAGAGGAAGAAUACAAGGUCGCGGUUGUGGGGCCCGAGAAGCGUGCUGAGAUCAUAUGCCCCAAGGCGGCACGCCAAGCCAAGCGCAGCGCGAGCGGUCAUGUGGAGCGGGGGGGGACGUGAGCGGCCAAGGGCCGAGCGAGGGCGGUGUUGCGCUACUCUUGACCUCUGUAAUGCGCUAAUGGC